AGCAGCUUAUGUCAUGCCCUCCUUUUUGGCCAUGGAAUUUAUCUUCUCUGCAGCUUUUGUCAUGCCCUCCUUCCAUCAAUUAGCUUGAGUACUCCGCGCUCUCUUUCUUUAUUUUAUUGGGAUUUUGGUUUUAGUGAUUCUUGGCCAUUUUGGAUCGAUUUCUUGGGGCCUUCCUAAGAAUUUCUGGGUUUUUUUUUUGUUGGUGUGUUCGAAUAUCCAGUUAUUUUCGAUUGGUUUCGUAGAAUCCAGGGUUUUGGUCUUUGAACUUGGAGGGUCUGUUUUCUAUUUUAGCCCUCUUCUUUAUUCAUUGUAAAUGUUCUUUGAAAAUCUUGAUUGCGAAGCUUAUAAGUCUGAUGUGGUAAAGAGUAGGCUUGUUGAUUGUGAAAACUUGAGAGAACUUUUGUUCGUCAUAUAUUCUUUUGGAAUAUUGAACCGAAAUUUGGAUUCCAUUUUUCUUUUAUGCCCUCAGGGGAUUAUUGGUGGGAUGUUCUUGUAGAAUAUUAAACUGAUCUUUUGAUUCGAUUUUACUUUUCCUGAGUUCAAGGGAUUGUUUGGUUAUUUAGUCCUUGCCGAAGCUACUUGAAAGGUAUUUUCUUUUGUUUGAGUUCACAGAAAUGGAUUUGGAGAGUGGUGAGGGAGAGAGCGGCCUUGUGAAAGAGAAGUUGGCCAAUAAUAAUGAGGGAGAAACCAUUGUCAAUAAGUCUAAUAUACAAGAAGAGGACUUGGAGUUAAAGGCAAAAGAUUUGGAAAGUAUAAGUAACAAAGAUAUGUUUCUGAGGGCAGAUAAGAUUGAUUUCAAGAGCUGGGAUGUACAGUUGGAUAAGCACCUGAGUCGGGCUUGGUCAAGAGAUAGGGAAGUGCAUACAAAGAAGGCAGAGUGGGAAAUUGAUGUAGCUAAAUUGGAAAUAAGGAAUGUGAUAGCCCAUGGAACAUAUGGCACAGUGUACCGAGGUGUUUAUGAUGGCCAAGAUGUAGCAGUGAAGGUAUUGGAUUGGGGGGAGGAUGGGAUUGCCACAGCUGCUGAAACUGCUACUCUUCGGGCGUCGUUUCAGCAAGAGGUUGCUGUGUGGCAUAAGCUUGACCAUCCAAAUGUUACCAAGUUUGUUGGAGGUUCAAUGGGAACAUCAAAUCUUAAGAUUCCUUCCAGCAGCGCUCCCAGUGAUGGCCAUAAUACCCUUCCUUCCAGUGCUUGUUGUGUUGUCGUGGAGUACCUUCCAGGUGGUACUCUAAAAAAAUACUUGAUCAGGAAUUGGAGGAAGAAACUUGCCUUUAGUAUUGUGAUUCAACUUGCUUUGGACCUCUCUAGAGGUCUGAGCUAUCUUCACUCAAAGAAGAUUGUACACCGUGAUGUUAAAACAGAAAAUAUGUUGCUUGAUGCUCGUAGAACGUUGAAAAUUGCUGAUUUUGGCGUUGCUCGGGUUGAAGCUCAAAACCCAAGGGACAUGACAGGGGAAACUGGUACCCUUGGCUACAUGGCCCCGGAGGUCCUUGAUGGUAAGCCUUACAAUAGGAAAUGCGAUGUCUACAGUUUUGGCAUAUGUUUAUGGGAAAUAUAUUGCUGUGACAUGCCUUAUCCUGAUCUGAGUUUUGCUGAAGUAUCUUCUGCAGUUGUUCGACAGAAUUUGCGACCAGAAACUCCCAGAUGCUGCCCAAGUUCGUUGGCAAGCAUCAUGCGGAAGUGUUGGGAUGCAAACCCAGAAAAACGGCCAGAGAUGGAUGAGGUCGUAAGAUUGUUAGAAGCAAUAGAUACGAGCAAAGGAGGUGGCAUGAUACCGGAGGACCAGGCUGCUCAUGGCUGUUUUUGUUUCAGAAUAGCUCGCGGACCAUGAUCAGGCCUCAUGUCCUUAAAUGUUACAUCAUGGUUCAUGAUUCGUCAUCUUAAAUUUUUUCGUAUUCCCUACGUUGUCAUUUGUGUGUCAUUAAGCAGCACAUUGAUUCACUCCAAAUUAUUCUGAAAUGGUUUGAUACGUCAGAUUCUAGUCAGUACAAAACCUUUGAAGGCGGUAUGUUAUAACGAGGACAGACAAAUUGGCAAACCUGGGUGGAGAACAAUCAGAACUCUUAUGUUCAACAAUCACCUAAUAGUCUGAAGUACCAACAACUUGAUUAAAUAUUGGAUGUAACGGUGACACCAUGUUAUUAUUGACACCUAGUAUCAUCGUUUAAUAAUAAACCUACACAUGAGUAAGGUGAACUCCUGAUUAUUGAAUGAUGUGGUAGGGUGGUUACAUGACCAAUCAACCUUCACUGUUUGUCUGUCUAAUCCAUGGCAUUUUGGCUUGCAAGUUGAACCUGCUAUUGACAACAAGCUUAGGGAAAUUUGUCCUGAAUGUCUGGGAUAUAGGGUGGUGGACUUGGUGCUCUGUGUUUUUUAUGAGUGGAUGCUUUGUUGAUC